UUAGCCGGCCUACAUCGCACGAGAUUGUUCGUUCGUUCGUUUUCAUAAAAGAUACAAAAAACCAACCAACUAACUAACUACCGUUCAAAUAAAAACAAACAAACAAACAAAAUAAGAAAAACUAUCCGAAGCGUUCUUUUUUAAGAACGAGCCACAUCGCACCUCCUAAUCUGUUCGGUCAUUUUAUUUCAUUUUCUUCCCGAAAUAACCACCAAACUCGUACGGAAUUAUCUUCACCUUUAUUCUCACUCAGAUCUUUUCCUUGGUGCGCUCAUUCGAACGAGUUUACCGCCGUUUGGAACAGUUCGCCACCGCGAACAGCCUUCCGGUAGACAAAUUCACUCGAAUACGAGGCAACAACCUCCGCACACAAGCAAGAGGAUCCUUCGCUCUUAGAUUCAACGAAAUCAAAGAAAAAGCUCGCUCUCCCCAUUCGACUUUAAUUGAGUUUCUAGUACGUGUGGAAAAGUUGUAACAUCGUCAGGAUAUCGGUGCAAAUUAUGCUCGUUAAACGUCCCACUUGCGCGUACAAGGCUCGUUCGACGUUUAUUAACGACGUUACGUUCGCAGAGAGUUAAAGUACCGUCUACACACACAUAUGCGUAUGCCUAUAACGCAUAUACGCAUAUGUUUAUGCACAUAUUGUAACACAGAUCAGCCGUAUGUGUAGGAUCGUCAUCGUGGUCAGCGUAAUACCAGCUUCCGGGACGAUUCCUCGCUCCAUCCACUGCGUAAUCCAACGGAGAAAGAGAGCCCGCACGGCGAACGUAGCGUGAUAAAGAGAGAGAGAGCGAGACCGAGAGAGGAAGGUUCUGGGUCGUGGGAGAGCUUGCGGUGUACUCAACGAACUCUCGUCAGCUAUAAACUCUCGGAAGCUGCGACGAAAGUUAAGAAAAUAUCGAGUUUCGAUACUUGCGCGUGAUGCGUUUUACGAACGAGCGUUUAAUGGACACUUCCAAACGGACAGUAUCGUCGAUAAUGUUUAAAUAAAUAAAUCGAAUAAAAUCUGUUGUUUAUUGCUGUCGAAGACGAGAGGUUUGAACAAACGUGCGGGCACGCUCUCUUCUCUUGUCUUCUCGCCUCCUGGAAAACAGAGGAACGAACUACGAGGAGAUUCCAACGGACUCUGCGCGAACGAUAUUUUUUGACUCACGCUUAUCCAAAUAUAUACUUAACGUCUUACGAAUGUGAUUUUAUCUGCAACGAGACAACGCGAUAAAGUUGUAAGUUUAUUUUUAAGAACGAGGGAGAACAAGACGCGCUGCUACACCAACUAAACCUGUAAAUGAAGAAGUGAAGAUAUUCAUCGAAAAUACGAGAGCACUGGAGAAGAUAAAUAAGUUUAAAACAUUGAUCCUCGUCCCGGACACGGAUUUCAUUAAACUGAGGAGAAAUAUCUUCUCGAUAAACUCUCGUGAUUGAAGCAACAACCACUGACAGCCCCGGAUGCCGUGCUAACAGCCGAGGCAAAUGAUCAAGAUGAGCGAUGAAUCGGUGAUGUAGCUGAUUUCCGGUAGUGAGGAAAAGUGAGAGAAGGGCCUCGUUCUUUCCCUGUCGGAGGGCAAACAUCACCGUCAUUCUCGGAGCAUCAAUCGUCGUCGUUGACAAGAGCAUCAACGGAAUAUCGUCGCCAGCGUCGAGGCUGCGUUCGCCAGGGAUCGCGACAUCACGAGAGCUCGUUGAAGCUCAAGAGCAGAAAAUAUAAACUGCCGCGCGCUCCAAGAGCGCGUCUACGACUCAUCAUCCUACCCCUCGAAUUGAAGAACGCGAGGCGACGACGAUGACGAGAGGUCGAAGUAGCUUCCUCAAUGUGGAAGCUCUGGUUGUGUUGACGGUCGUCGUGGCCUCGAGUCUCGAUCUCGGGGUGAGGUGUUCGCCCUCUCACAGGAGUAGGCACCACGCCGAUUUGUCGCACGAGGAUCAACAGCAGCAACAGCAUCAGCAACAACAGCAACAUCAACGGGAUCACGAGAGAGUUAUGAGGCCGAGCGACGUCGCUGAUAGCGAAUUGCCUCGUGCCGAGCCUUUCAGCUCUUCCAAUCCAACCGACACCGAUCCCCUCGUAAUACAAACCAGACAAGGACGAGUCAGAGGUGCGACUCUCACCGCCACCACUGGCAAAAAAGUCGACGCUUGGUUCAGUAUCCCUUACGCCCAAAAGCCCAUAGGUCAUCUGAGAUUUCGUCAUCCCCGUCCGGCCGAAGCAUGGGACGGCAUUUUGAAUGCAACAACAUUGCCAAACAGCUGUGUCCAAAUACUCGACACGGUUUUCGGCGAUUUUUCCGGUGCUAUGAUGUGGAACCCGAACACCCUAUUGAGCGAGGACUGUCUGUACGUAAACGUAGUCACGCCGCGUCCUAGGCCUACUAAUGCCGCCGUUAUGGUAUGGAUUUUUGGAGGUGGUUUUUACUCCGGUUCUGCGACCCUCGACGUUUAUGAUCCGAAGACUCUCGUUUCCGAGGAAAACAUUAUUUUCGUUUCGAUGCAAUAUCGCGUCGCGAGUCUCGGCUUUCUUUACUUCGGCACGGAGGACGUUCCAGGCAACGCAGGCUUGUUCGAUCAAAUGAUGGCGCUCCAAUGGGUCAGAGACAAUAUUGCAGCGUUCGGAGGCAACCCCGAAAACGUCACUCUUUUCGGAGAAAGCGCAGGAGCUGUUUCCGUCUCGAUGCACCUGCUUUCACCACUCUCGAGGCACUUGUUCAACCAAGCGAUAAUGCAGUCCGGUUCACCGACUGCCCCCUGGGCGAUAAUAACACGAGAAGAGUCGAUAAUGCGAGGAUUGAGACUGGCGGAGGGAGUCGGUUGUCCUCACGAUCGUAACAAAAUUCAGGAAGUGAUAGACUGCCUGAGCAAGACGGAUCCGGUGACGCUCGUCAACAACGAAUGGGGAACUCUCGGAAUUUGUGAAUUUCCAUUUGUGCCGGUGAUCGACGGUGCUUUCCUCGACGAGACACCAUCGCGUUCGAUGAUAACGGCGUCGUUCAAAAAAGCAAACAUCCUCAUGGGCUCCAACACCGAGGAAGGCUUUUACUUCAUUAUUUAUUAUUUGACCGAAUUAUUCCCCAUUGACGGGACCGACGACGUCAAAGUUUCGAGGGAAGAAUUCGUUCGCUCCGUUACCGAAUUAAAUCCCUACGUCAAUCAAAUCGCGAGACACGCCAUCAUGUACGAGUACACUAAUUGGCUCGAUCCUGACGACCCAAACACUAAUCGCGACGCCCUCGAUAAAAUCGUCGGUGAUUAUCAAUUCACGUGCAACGUCAACGAAUUCGCGGCACGUUACGCCGAAACGGGAAACACCGUUUACAUGUACUACUACAAACACAGAUCCACGAACAAUCCCUGGCCAAAGUGGACCGGCGUGAUGCACGCCGAUGAAAUAAGUUACAUAUUCGGAGAGCCUCUGAACAAGUCGAAAGGUUACACUCAAGAGGAGGCUCUUCUCUCGAAAAGGAUGAUGCGCUACUGGGCAAACUUUGCCAAAACUGGGGAUCCAAAUAUGGGAGACGAUGGAUCGUGGACCGAGGCGUUUUGGCCAGCGCACACAGCGACUGAAAAACAAUAUCUGACACUCGACACGAAUACUACGGAGAUUGGAUACGGCCCGAGGGUCCGCCAGUGCGCGUUCUGGAAAAAAUAUCUGCCCCAACUCAUCGCCUCGACUUCGAAUAUGGAAAUGAAUUCGAAAGCAACGUGCAGUGGAAGCAGCUCGUUCGUUUCGGGCGUGCAGCUGUCAUUGGUGCUUUGUCUAGUUACGGCAUUGCUGCUCAAUCAGCAGCAGCAGCGGCACGCAGCGGUGGCGUCGUUACUAAUACCAGCGAGGUUAGCGCAGCAGCUUCAGCACCGAGCAUCGCCAGCUUCAGUGACGAGAGGCUACGUUUAGUCAACGAAGUAAAGAACCCACAAAAUUCUAUCUUAUCCCAUUCCCCGCCGUUUUCUAUCCCGGAAAUGCCCAAUUUUCUCCUCAUUCUUCGCGCCUUUUUCACCGGAGUCCUCGUGGGUACGGGUUUGUCCUCUAGUUCCUUCCAUAGACGCUCCGCUUAAAUUCUCGCUUCGAAAACAAACAAAAUAACAAAUUAAAUGAAGAAUAAAAACUGUAAGACCUCGCCGCAGAGACGAGCGAGGAAUUUCCGUUCUCCUAUAUUCGAGCCCGCACUUUUUUUUCUUCCAAUUAUCUCCUCUUUCGCAUCGCCGAGAUAAUUACAGUUAUAUAUACACGUACAAAUAUACAAAACUUUGCUAUAUUUAUAUGCGUAUAUAUUGACUUCGUAAAAUACGAGUCUCGUUUAUAAUCACGCCGGAAGUUUUAAAAAAAUUACACAAAUACAUACAGACACAUGAAAAUUACGCGAUUAUUGAAAAAAAGCAAAAAAAAACAGCCCACGCAGGUAAACGAACAUUGAAGAGAGCUAAAAUAAAGAAUAAAACACACACACACACACACACACACACACACACACACUAGUACACUAAAAAAAAUAAUAUACACGGCAGACAUAUCAAGCUAUUGAAAAAAGAAAAUAAUAUUAAUAAUAAUAAUAUUAAUAAUAAUACUAUUAAUAAUAAUUAUGAUAAUUAAAAGAAAAAUACUAUAUAAUAUUCAGGGAAGGAUCGAGCCGAGUGAAAAAUCUGGAGAGUGCGGAACGCUUCCUCAAAAAAGUGAGAAAAACCUUUCGAUCGGGAAGUCGAACGAUUGGGAUUAUUCGGAUUGGGUAAAAUAUGUUGAAACGUUUUGAAAAAAUGGUUUGAAUCAUGUUUUUUUUUUUUUUAAUUUGAUGCGAGAGUGCACUUGAAUCGAUGCUCGAAAAUGGCAGUAAAUUACAACGAAAAUAAAGUCUUCUCUGAUAAAAUAUUAGUCGAGGAUGCGAGAAGAGGCCCAGGAAGGUGCUGUGCGUUCGAGAUAAAAUCACUCGAGCGUGAAACAUGAAAAUCGAAGGGAAAAGGGGCGAAGAUUGAUGGAAAAUUGAGCUUUGCCAGAACUUUAACGCGGUGAGUAAAAUAAUGAAAUUUUCGGUUUUGUCAACGAGAAUACAGUUCAAUGAUUCUGGAGGGCGGCCCGGUUCCCCCGGUCGUUUUACUCCGCCCGGUCCUCCCCUAUAGAAGCGCGAGAACGCGCAAAUGCGGCGUUUUGUCACGGUGUUAUUCAAGAGCGAUGUGUAAACGUUUAAAAAAACAACCCAAAGAAACAAAAAGUAAUAAUCGACUAUAAAUCGUACGAAGCAGAGGAAACGACUGCUCACGAAUCCCGCGUCAGUAAAUUAUUUAACAAAGCGAAAGAAAUGAAAAAUGGGAAAUAAUCACCACGACACGGAAUCACUCUUCGACCUUACGAAACUCAAGAAUAAUAAAUAAAUAUUUAAGAAAAAUAAAAAAACCUUCUCAGCACAUUAACGAGGAAAGUUCGACGGAUCGGUUUGUUUUUCGUCUAGUUUUUUCGUUGCAGCACCGACGUGACACUGUCAAGGCAAAUUGCCCAGAUUUUUUGCUCCAAUUUUCGUGCUCCUCUGGCCUGCUUUAGGGAAUUUUAGACGAAGUCGACUCGUCAAGUUUCGCUUUAACAUGAACGCGGAUCGGUUCCUCCUCACCGAACAAUUUUCUUUUUCAAUUAACUUUUACAAAGAGCUCUUUCCACACGAACGUUAUCAUCGUUUGUCAAAACAUGGAAAAUAUAUUUUAUUUUUUAUUGAAACAGUAACAUCCAACCUUGUUGUACGAAUCGAAAUUCCAUUGGAAUUUACAUCCUUACGGACCGUGAUCGAAUCGAUAAAACUGCAUGAUAAAUAAGAACGAUUUAGCUCGAAAAUGAAAUUUCGCAAUGAAAAUUGACCUUUCACGACUGAUUUGAAGCAUUUUUAACUCAAUUUUGUUGGGUUUACGCUUAGGUUAACAAGACGCAUUUUCCUAUUUGCGUUCGACGUCGAUUUCGUCUGAUCUCCCUUAAAAAAGUAGCACUCGCGAGCACGUCCAAACGAACAACGUGCGUGUACCAUUAAUUUUCUCUGCACUCUUGACAAUUGCAACGACGAGAGAUCAACUUUGUUAACGGGACUCGGUGUGUGUGUGUGUGCUCGUUAGUAGCGCGAGUGUAUUGGCUAACCUGAGUGCAUAGAGGCGAAGAAGAAAAGAAUGACGAGAGUAGGAGGGCGGGGGGGAAUUCGAAUAAAUUCGGGGGAGAGAAUUGUCUCGGCUGGCCGAGAGUUAGACAGUCGGGAGAGGUGAAAAUUCCUGAGAAAACGAGGCUUUCUCAAGCUCGUGAAAGCUGCGAAGAGAGGCUGACAAGAAAAAACGAAAAAAUAGUAGCAAGCGCGAUGAAGAAAUCGAAAAAAAACGAUCGAAUUGAAAGAGCAUCAGAACGGACGUAAUUCGCGUUAUAAUUUCGCGCUUCCUCGAACCUUCGCACAAUUAACUCGCUCUAUUAUCAAUCUCUCAAUUCUCCACGGAGAAGCAAAAAAAAUCUACUAUCGACGCUAAGGGCUAAGAAAUAUAUAUCGUACGAAGGCAAAAACCUCAAUAAAUAUCGAAUAACGAAGAUUAACGAGAGAAAGAAAAAAAAAUCGUGAAGAAUUUUACCGCGAUUCCGAAAAUCAAACUGAUUUCAACAGAGAUUAAUAAACUUUCCACUGAAAUAAACGAUUUCUUCGUUUUAUUUGGAAUAAAAAAAAAAAAAAAAAAAAAAAAAACGAGAAUAAAACAUGUUAUUGAGCUGGAGACGGAAGGGAGACCCGAUUAGAACGAAAAAGAUUACCUAAAAGAGAGAUGAAAGAAAAAAAAAACAAAAUAAGAAACAGAAUAACAUUAACUAAAAAAAGAGAGCCUACUAGUAAGCUUUAUACUAUUUAUAUAUAAAAAUCGAUUAUUAAUAUUUAUAGGUAUAAACUAGAGUGAUAUAAUUAUUAUAUAUAAAUUAUAUGCAUCUAUAUAUAUAUAUAUAUACAUAUACAUCAUUACAAACGCACAUUAUAUAUAUAUAAAUGUAUAUAAUGCUAUUAAUAAAUGAUAGAUAAUAAUAUAUAUGAAAUAAAUAUAUAAAUAAAUAUAUAUAUAUAUAUAGAUAUUUAUUAAUAAUAACAACGAUAAUAACGAUGAUGAUGCUAAAAAAAGUCAAUGGGGAUAAGAGAGCGAGAAUAGUACGAUAAAUACGUGUGAAAAAUGGCUUUUUUAGUUAGUUUUGUUUGUUUGUUUGUUUGUUUGAUUGUUUGUUUGUUUAGUACGAGAUGAUUUGUGAAUGAAAUUAUAAACGAUUGAAACAGUACACUUUGAUAUUUAAUGACACAUACUGCGGAUUAGUCUGCCUUCUAUACUCGGUUGAUACUGGCUCUCAUCGUCUAUCGCAAAAAUCUCGGAUUUUCCGAUUAUUAUUAUUAUUAUUAUGGGACACUCGAAGACUAAUGUGGAAUGUUUGCAUAGUCAGAGCCUCUGGAGAUAAGUCUGCGGGAGGUUAUGGCGUCGAUCGUUCUCAAUGUUGAGUUUUUCGUGGGUUUUUGUCAAACGGUCAGUUACGAUAGUGGCUAAAGCUUUGCAGAUUAUUCGAGAUUCGAUGAUAUUUUCGUAACCAAUAAAUGAGUUCGAGCAUCUUGUUUGGCGCGCUGGACAAAGACACUUUCUUGACCGGGGAAAUCGGAGCCUCGCUCGUAUAAUCGAUUUCUGGUGAAAAGUGCGUAAAAGUUGACAGGGUUUUUACAGCAGUUCGGAGAAGCGAUAUUGUGGGCGAAAAUGAAGGAAUUCGAGGAGCGGAAUGAAGCGAAUUUAUUUCUCUGAUAGCAUCGUGUCUGAAAGUAUUUUUUUCUUCAGCCCACUGAAAAAUUUUACUCAUCAUGAUGAAAAAAAAACGUUUGCGUAAUGGAAAGAGAAAAUGGAAUUUGCUGGACUUUCUUGAAGCACUUGGCGAAGCGUGAAACGCGGGGAGUGUAGCGCGGCUAAUAACAUGACUAAUUACGAGAGCGCCGGGGCCGCCACAAAUCACUCGACGAUCGAUCGCUUCUCGAGAAAGAGACGGAGAACGAAAAUAAGAUUUUUCUCUUUUCGUUCCGUCUCGCUCUUCCUCAUCUCCGCUUGACGUUCUCGCUCGCCAGAGCCUGCUUCCAUCCCCAAUCUCUCACCCUCUGCCCUCCCUCCUUUUUCUUUUUUCGGCCACCCUCGAGGGGCACGCUUUUCUCUCGGAAGAGGCGCGAGGGGAGACUGCCCCGAGGGGGUUGGCCGAGUGUCGAUUCUCCCGGGAGUUGAAGGCACUCGAGGGUGAGAAAAAAGAACGACAGGCAGAGAGAAUCAGAGAUAAAUAAAAGAAGAAUGGAAAAAGAGGAACAAAAAGGAAGAACAGGCUAAGAAAGCCGGCACGAGGACGACGCCAACCAGACUUUUUGCCACCGUGCUGCUGCUGCUGAUCAUUGCAGAACGAGUCUCAAUCGACCUCGUCGUUUCCGACGUUUCGGGAGCCAAAAUCUCCGCCACGAUCUUCCAACAGAGAUGAAAUAAUUGCUUCAAUUAUAUUUUUAUUAUUUUCAUUUUUAUUUAUACUCUUGCAAUUUUUAUUUGCGGAAUAGUCGAUCGACCUUAAGGCCUAAGACGAGAAGUUUGAUGAUCCCGAAUAUUGAGAGCUCUGAUUCAAGGAGUAAAAGUCGAGAAAAAUUCCAUAAAAAUGGAACAGAAAAAAGAUUUGAAGCGUCCCUGCUGCACUUUUUUCAAUCACCUGCAAUGUUCAUCGCGCAAUGUCUGCUCCCCCGUCGCGUUUCGUAGCGAUCCGAUCUUCACUCGAUUCGUUAACUGUAAAAAAAACUCAGCAACGAGUUGCUUCGUUCGAGGAAGAAAAGUUUUUGGAUUUCGUUGAUACUUUGAGCGAAAAUGUUCAAGCUUUUUUUCAAUUUUGAGCCCUCUCGGAUCCUCUCGGAUUUCUUCAGGAACUAUUUUUUGCAUAAAACAUUUAGAGAUGUAGAAAAAUUGAGGGGGAAUCUCAUUCGAGUGAAGAAAAGUCAAGGGAGUUGAAAACCCGAAACUUUUUGCUUUCUCUCGAGAUCUUGAGCUCGUUCUCACGGCUGACAAGAAUCCGCCAAUCGUUGGCUCGAUCGAUCGACCAGUACUCCUCGAGGAAGGACUCCGUCUCGCUUUAACCAACUUCGUUAUACGCGAAAUACACGUGGUGGGCACAUAUUUGCGCGAACACAGUCGAAGCAAGCGGAUGCGACGUACGCGCACAAAUGCAGGGGACAGUACGCUCCAACCGGAGCUGCUCCUCGUCGUGAACCCUUCCAAGUCCUCCUACCGGAUUAUUUUGCCCGAAAAACGCGUGAGCAUCUCUCUACGCCACUCGCCACGAAAGCGUUAAAAAAGUGAACUAAAAACACGUUUUUUCUGUGGAUUUUUCGUGCUCAUCCGCUUUGGCAGAAGGUUGAUCGAAAAUUUUCGUCUCGAAUUUGAAAGAAUAUGCAAAGAGGGAUAAAAAGGGUUCACGAAAUGCACGGAGGUCGUUCGAGCUGAUGAGAAACGUCCUUUACAUAUUCUGUAGAUUGAUCGAGUGUUAUUAAACAAGAGGCACCACCCGGGACGAGGAGAGCCGCAGUUACGCCCUUCAGCAUCCGCGUGGAUAAACAAGAAGAUGUAACAAGAACCCGGGGGAUGAGAGAAAAUUGGUUGAGUUGCUCGCUCGAGUUUGCUCUCGUCAGCGUCGAGAAACACUCGCAAUAAUCAAGCCCAACCGGAGCCCAUUAUACGAUCGCCUCGAGGUUACUCGCUUUUCCAGUUCAUUUCACGCAAAUACAAAUAGUUUCAGGCAAACACGAGUCUCGUUAAUAUUACCGUAGACUCGAGUGCAAAAUCCAUCUCGUUCGAUACCAAAAAUUCUGUCAAACAAAACGACUCGCUUCAUUCUUCAUCUUGUAACAGAAGGAAAAAUGCCAAACAAUUCCGUCGACGAGGAAAACAAAAGAAUCUUGUCCCGAUUAAUCGCUACAAUAAUUUCCGAAAUAUCGCUGCUUUGCGUGCUUUACGAAUUCGCGUACUUCUGCAAGUGGCAGGAAAAUAAAUUUCGUAAGAACGUCGAACGCGACAAUGCUCCAGUGGCGACAUCUCGAAGUCCAAAAGUGUUUCGUAACGUUUCUUUUCGAAGUCGCGAGCUGCCAUGAGAAAUUUUCGAGAGCCUGAAAAUUUGAACUCGGAAGCGAAGAGAGCUCAACGGAACGAACGAGAGCGAUGACGAGGCCUAAGCUCGAAGAAUCCAAGUUGGAAUGGACAGUUUACUUGUGUUGCAGCGAAUAAUCUUGAAAGUGUUUUAUUCCUCAUUCCCUUUGUGAUUCCAUCGUCGUUCGUUCCCUCAAUUUCCUUUCGCACUCGCGCGGAAAUAUGGAAAGAAAAAGCCGUGCUUGUGACUCGUCCCGAGGCCAGGGAUAUUGGUGACCGAACUCUCGACGGAUAGAAUUUCACAGGAGCGAACGCCAGCGCGGCAUCAAUGAUACCAUAAACGCAACUCACGCACUGGCACUUAUCGGCUCUUCUCUGAUAUCGUUCUUUGUAUGCAUACUCGGUAGCCGAUAACUGAUCGUAAAAGUUGAUCGUUUGUGUAGGUUAUGGAGGAGGAAAUAGUAUUUCUGGAACCAAGGAGGAGCAUCGAUUUCGUCGUUAAACUAUGCUUUUUAUUCUUCUCUUGAUCCUCGCGUUUCUUAUCAUCAGAAUCGAAAAAAGGCCAAGUGUCAAAGUUUGUUAUUAAUGCGAACGGAAAGAGAUUGAAGCGCGAAUGAAAAGCGUGAGAAUAAUCGAGAAGAGUAGCAGGCCUGUGAAGCGUCGUAAGGCGCGUUGCAUCUCGCACAUUCGUCGGCUUCACAUUCGGACGGGGAAUCGACAAAAAAAUGCCUGCACACAAUAUCGCAGCGGUCAAGAGACGAAGCCUCAAACGUACUCCCGGGACUGGACACUGCAGCGGAGACAGCGGCAGAAUGGGAAGGGGGAAUGGAAGGAGCGGAGAGAAAAAAAACGAAGCGAGAGCAAAAGCCUGUCCCCGCGCGGCUGGAACGUUUCCAGGAGAGCGCCCGGUGCCGCUCCGGCUUUUCCCUUCUUCCACGUUCCCAUACAUUCGUAUAACCUAUUGAUUUUUUAUUUCGUAUCCUCGGGGUUAUUCGAGUGAGCGAAGAGCGUGCGGCUCACGUAGUUGGGAUUAAAUCCGGGCUUUUUCCUCGCUGAACGGGCGAACAGACGCGUGACCGUCUCCGGGGCUCGCCGCGUAGCUCAACGCGGACGAAAGGCUCUGCGAAGAGUUUGCAAAACACGCCAACGACCUUGCCCCUUCGUUUUUCGUCGACGAGCGCAAAAAUCGAGCCCCGUUCGCGCCUCACGUAGAAUCUUUGUCGGGAAUCGACUUACGACUGCGAUGCGCCGACGUUGACAUGUCCAGAGAUUUAGCGCGAACCAAUCGACGGUGCGGCUGACAUGCUAGAAGGCGAAAACGCUUCCCCCACUAGGCUCGCUUGCGCCACUUCACCGGAUUGGCGAAUGCUAGUCUCGCGAUAUCCAACGAACGGUAAGUCGACGGGAAUAAAUUUGUGAGGACUGUUCUUUCCAAAAUUUCGCGACUUCGGGCCAGUUCCGCCCGAACCGUCACUCGAGACUUUUUCCAUUCGUGCACCAAUUGCAACCUUCACAGAUCAGCAAAUCGUCGUCACGGUACUGAGAACCAAAACCAAGAUUUUUCCUGUUUAGGCCACAUCCUCACUUCUGUAAAUACAAAAAGAGCAUAUUUUCUUAAUUUCAUUGGUUUUUCAACUUUCGUUUGAACCCUUCGAUAUCUCGGACGGGCUCGUUAAAGUUUAAAGCGAAGUUUCCAUCGCGUAAUGAAUUUUAUUAUUACCAUAAAGAAGAUUCUGUAAAAAACCGUGAACAAUAAAGACAAGGAAGAAAGAGAGGGGAUGGGAAGGUGAGAAAAUAUAAAUGAAGCCGUCGAAACGUGCAUCGAGCCGUAAGAAAUCGGGUACCGAUGCAAAAAAUACAGAAGUUCAAAUAAUUCAUUGAUGAAUAUAUAUAAAGUAUGUACGUUGAAAACAAAAGAAAAAAUUUUAAAAUAAACGCGCCGAGCACGGUCCACAUUGAAAAUGUAUUGGCUCCUGUAACCUACCAUCCACCAUUUCACAAGUCUAAUGAAGAUAAAUAUUAUUCACAAUGGACUCUAAACAAUUUACACAGAGUUUUAACGGUGUUGAUAAAUAUACGAGAGAAAAGGAGCACGAGAGGGAUAUAGUCGAAAAUAAAAUAAGAACUAAUGAGCGAAGCGACUCGAUGAAUUACGAAGUAACGAGUAAGAAAAUAAAAAGGGGCUCGUAGAUGAAGCAGAAAUGAACAUUUUCAACCAUACGAACGAAUUUUAAGCUGUUCCCUAUGUGCGUGGCGCCAGGCGUCCAUUGCAACUAUAAAGAACGAACAACAACAAACAACAAGAGCAACAAAUAAGACAAAACAUUCGUGUGCUUUGACUGUCGAAAUAAUAAUUACAAUAAUAAUAAUAAUAAUGAACAUUAAAUAUCAUUAACAAUGAUAAUUACACUAAAUUUACCAUUACGAUAAUAAUAUCAACAAAACAAAUAUAUAUGAUGGCGAUUAUUAUUAAGCAAAUAGACUUAUUUCAUUAAUUAUAAGUAUACCGAGAUGUGUUUGAUUUUAAGAGAUUCAAUGUGGCUCUAUGUAUGUAACAAUAUUCGUGUAAAAGAAACGUGAGACAUUACUGAGGCGCGAGCAUAAAAAAGAAGCCAACAAUAAAAGCGGUUAAAUGAACACACGCACCGCGACACUCGUAUACGCAUGCAGCCACAAAACCGGCGAGCGAGGAACGAAAAGGAAAAAAAAUAUAAAUAUAAACACGCGGACAUAAUAUACGGCGUUACGAUGAGCAGAGGGCGCCGCAGUCUCUCCUUUCGUCGUUGAUUUCGAUACUCGUAAGAUCGUCGACCACCUAAAUAUAAUUUAAAUAUAGUCAAAUAUCUUCGCGCGCACACACACACACACGCGCAGACACACAUGCAUAUUAAUGGAUAUGCACAUUCAUGUAUAUACACAUAACAAAAACAAAAACAAACGGCAGCCUUUCCCUUUCUCUGAAACAGAGUCUUCGUACGUGAAAAAUAAAGUAGAAAUAUAAAAAAGAAAGAAAAACAAAAGAAGAAGGGCAAAAAGGGGAGGACACACGUUCUACGAAUAAUAAUAAUGAUAAUGAUAAUAAUAAUAAUAACAAUAAUAAUGCUCUGAUUAAGAAAGCCACGUCGCAAUUCUGCCAGGCAUUUUUAUGUUCGUUCGUUUGAAUCUUUUGUUUUACGUUUUAUCUUUCGAAAGCUCUUGUUUUUAUGACGUAUUCGUGUAGGGGAGGAAGACAGCGGAAGCUUCGAAAACGUGCAUAGUAUUUCGUUGCAUUCGCGGUAUAUAUGAAAAAACGUAGUUUAUUCAGCUUGGUGCCUAUAUUUAGAGACUGUAUAAAGCUACGAAGAUGAGAAAAAGUGUACUGGAAAGUUGGGAGGAAUUUGGCUAUGAUAGCGAUUGUUCUACGUUGUUGUUUUUACAUAUGUCAGAUCUUGUUUUUGUUUGGUUUUUUGUUCUUUCUUCGUUGCUGGGUAAUAUAAAAUCUCUGCGAUUCACUUCCGGUUGAUGGAGCUUGAAUAAAUAAAGCAUGAAGAAGCCUUCGUGGCUUCUUUCAUAAGCUACUCAAUCAAUAUAUGACCGACGUUAUUGUUUACACUCGAACGUAGAGCGAAACAUCGAAAAUUUCAAAUAAAAAAUUGAAUUCGCCGUUACCUCGUGUCAUGGGCUUUCAUUUUUUGUGUAAUUUAGCCUCACUCGACCUCGAUUUAUCGAACGGUUUUUUUUCUUUGAAUUCUUCCCCCUUACGCGAGCCUACAACGUUCAAGUAACGUUUACACUUUCACACGCGCUCUUAUCCCGCUGUGCCGUUUCUCCAAAACGUUUUUCGGACCAGGCAGCAACUUUGAGAAAAUUUUAUACACUGCACGCGCCAGUGUUUGCUCCCAUGUCAUCUCAUUUUCACUAAACGUCUAAAAGUUAAGUUUCAGACCAUUUCAAACCAGUUGACGGCCUUCGGAUGGGUACGGGGAGCUUCCUGGACAACGGUCCUUAAAACUUCUCCAAAAGCUAUCCGGAGGAUGUCGAACGUCUCUUUGGAACAGAAUAAAACUCGCUUUUUUGUAUUUCCGAAUGACAAUCUCCACGUAUGCCAGCUGGAAGAUCACUCAACUUCGUUUCAUACCGUUUUAAUAAUUUUGAAUAAAAAUUUUCGUUUUCAACUGAAUUUUCGAAAUUGUUGCCUGGUUUGGGGAAGCGGAGGGGCUGAGCGGGAAGAGGCCACGAGCCGCCACCUAGUGGUGAACUAUUGUAACUUCUCGCGGGCAUGUUAAAGCCUAGCGGCGUAAACGCGUGUUUGGGUCAGUGAAACUGACGUUUACGAGAGUCCUCAGAGGACGUAUCCACAAUUGACGUUUGCUUGCCGAAUAAAAUCGCGAACGGAACUGUCAGACACGCGACGAGAGAAACGCGUCUCCCAAUGUACAAAUUUGAUCAAAAAUAAAAUGUUUUGUGAAAAAAGCGUAUGCGAAAGAGCGAACAGAUCGAGCACAAGGAAGACCCAGAAACACACACACACACACGCACUUGCAAUUCUCUAAAGAGUAACGAUAUAAAAUUAAGGGUUACGGGGACAGUCGUUAGAUUUAUAGAUCGUACCUUCCGAAAUAUUGCUUUUUUUGAGAAUUUCCAGGCGCGCGCCUCUACGAUCGAUCAUUAAAGAAGCUGCGUAACCAAAAGCACACACCUCAAACAAAAAUCUUUAGGAAACAAUACUAUCCUGUGUAAUAAAUGCUUUUGCUUGAAAUGAGUGAAAGAAAAACGACGAAAAACGAAGAUUAAAUCGAUCGUUCAAGUACAUCCUCCGUUUCGUUGAUAUUUCUUUCGAGUCGCAGCGACGAUCAAUCAAUUUUCGAUAUUAAAUAUAUAUAUAUCUGAAUAUAUAUAUAUAUAUAUAUAUAUAUAUUUUCCAAUCAAAGUUAACGCAAAAUUCCCCAUCCUGUCAAAUGGGAUUUAGCGUGUUUCGCUGGAAAAGUAGCCCGCAGGCCUAAAUACGCUCUAAUUGUUAUUCUAUAAACAAAUUUUUAAAAUAAAUGAAAAACGAGAGAAAAAACAAAGCUACAUACGCCCGGAUAAGAAGAUAACACGGAUAAAAAAAAAACUAUCAUCUCCCGAUGGGGCAUACGAGUACGUGCCCCCGUAUGCAUAAUCAUAAAUAUAUAUGUAUAUAUUGAAUCGGGUAAAUUUGGACUGGCGUAUCGAAUGAAAAAAAUACCAAAAAAAAAAAACAACAACAAAACAGACACGCAUACAGAACACACACGACAGAUGAAAACAAAUUAUCAUAAUUAUAUUGUGUACGAAUAAAGUACAUAGCGAGGCCAAGAAAAUAAGACAAAACUACCGUGAGAACGAAUAAAAAAGAAAAAAAAAUGGCCCCGGCGCGAAUUCACGACGUUGAAGAAAGAAAAAGAAUAAAAAAUUCAAAAAAAAUUAAAUUAAAUUAAAUUAAAAAAAAAAAAAAAACAAUUCAUACGCGUAAUAAAUCAUCGUUCUCUCGAGAUCUUUUUCGUUUCUCUAAUCUUAUAUAUAACUAUAUACAUACACCCUUUUCCCACCUUUAUAUAGAAUCGCCAAGCGAUUUAUAUAGACACUGCGAAAUAUACAUAAAGAUGACAGAACAAAAGAAAAUAAGCAAAACAAAAAAAACAAAAAAAGAACAAAUAUAAAUGUGUAUAUAAAUGAUAUAUACGAUAAUAAAUAAAUAUAUUUAAAAAUAUAUAUAUAUAAAUAUAUAUAUCACUUGUAUACACGUGUGAACGAUAUAUUGUAUUUACAUUAUAUGUUGAAGGGCGAAAGUAUAAAUUGACAAAGAAGAUUAAUAAACGAACCUCGAAGAAAAAAAAAAAAAAAA